GUUUUAACCUGGACCUGUUUUUAUUUGCUUAGGUGACAAACAGUAUGUUUGGUGCUUCUUCACGAAAGAAAUUUGUAGAGGGUGUUGAUAGUGAUUACCAUGAUGAAAGUAUGUAUUAUGGCCAGUCUGCGAUGUUUUCACAUCGAUCGGAAAAAGAUAUGCUGGCAUCACCGUCACCAUCAACAUCAGGUGCUCUUUCUCAGUUUGGGGAACGUUUAUACGGGCAACAAAGUGCACUAAGCCUUCCAAUGAGGGGCUUGAGCAACAAUACUCCUCAAUUAAGUCGUAGCUUAUCACAAGGUACGCAGUUACCGAGCCAUGUAACACCAACAACAGGGGUACCAACAAUGUCACUUCAUACGCCCCCAUCACCAAGCAGAGGUAUAUUACCUAUGACUUCCAGGAACAUGUUAAAUCACUCGCAGGUUGGACAGGGGAUUGGAAUGCCAAGCAGAACAAAUAGCAUAAGCAGCUCAGGGUUAGGUAGUCCAAACAGCAGAAGUUCACCUAGCAUAAUAUGCAUGCCAAAGCAGCAACCAUCUCGGCAGCCUUUUACAGUAAACAGCAUGUCCGGAUUUGGAAUGAACAGGAAUCAAGCAUUUGGAAUGAAUAACUCCUUAACGAAUAACAUUUUUAAUGGAACAGAUGGAAGUGAAAAUGUGACAGCACUUGAUCUAUCAGAUUUUCCAGCACUAGCCGACCGAAGCAGGAGAGAAGGAAGCAGUAAUCCAACUCCAUUAAUAAACCCAUUAGCUGGAAGGGCUCCAUAUGUACAUCAGUGCAGUGCAGGAGAAGCAGUGGAGAAAAGAGAAGCUUCGUUGCUGUUUUUGUGGUCGAGAUUGUACGAGGGCAACGCAGAAAUAAAAGGAAAAUCAGUUGGAAUGGUAACAAAGCCAGCAAGUGAACAAUCUCAGGACUUUUCAAUCCACAAUGAGGAUUUUCCUGCCUUGCCUGGUUCAAGUUAUAAAGAUCCAACAUCAAGCAAUGAUGACAGUAAAUCUAGCUUGAGUACGUCAAAUAAAAAUUCUUCGAGCACAGAUGGACCCAAAUUUCCUGGAGAUAAAAGUUCGACAACACAAAAUAACAACCAGCAAAAAAAGGGAAUCCAGGUGUUACCAGAUGGUCGGGUGACUAACAUACCAGCAGGGAUGGUGACAGAUCAGUUUGGAAUGAUUGGGUUAUUAACGUUUAUCCGGGCGGCAGAAACAGAUCCUGGAAUGGUACAUCUUGCAUUAGGAAGUGACUUGACAACACUAGGCCUCAAUCUCAACUCUCCAGAAAAUCUUUAUCCAAAAUUUGCAUCACCGUGGGCUUCUGCUCCUUGUCGACCUCAAGAUAUUGACUUCCAUGUGCCAUCUGAGUACUUAACCAAUAUUCACAUUAGGGAUAAGCUUGCUGCAAUAAAACUCGCUCGAUACGGAGAGGAUCUUCUGUUCUAUUUGUACUACAUGAAUGGGGGAGACGUUUUACAGUUGCUAGCAGCAGUAGAACUUUUUAACCGUGACUGGAGGUACCACAAAGAAGAAAGGGUGUGGAUCACAAGGGCGCCUGGAAUGGAACCAACUAUGAAGACCAACACGUAUGAAAGAGGGACAUACUAUUUUUUCGACUGUAUUAACUGGAGAAAAGUAGCUAAGGAGUUCCACCUUGAAUACGACAAGCUAGAAGAAAGGCCACACUUGCCAUCAACUUUCAACUACAACCCUGCUCAGCAAGCCUUUUAAAGACUUCCCUGUUCAUGGGGUAUGGCUGUCUCAGCAGAGUACUUAGAGUACUGCAGAAGUGACGUGGCUCAGGCAUCCAUCCUGAUUCUAGUUCCUUCAGGAUAUGGCAUUUAGCUCAUGUGGAGGGAUCACCGUUUGAAGUCCUGCCUUACAAAUUAUGUGCAGCCCAACAUUAAAUUUAUAGCUUUCAUUUCCAUCGUUUGAGCAAGGUUUAUCAGUUUUCUGCCAGCAGGCAUAACUUGUCAGUGGGGAUGCACUCUGACAAGCAUUAAUGGCUCUAUUUCCAAAAUGUAAAAAAUACAAAGGAAAAUUUGCAUUGUGCAUUACAGGACUUUUAAUAACAGAAAGAUUUGUUUGUGCAUUGUUAUGUGAAGAUCCUCGUAUUUCAUUUGGAAAGAUGAGGAAGGUCUGCUACCUUCAUUUUACUUCCCCUUCUGUUUCUAAGCAGCAGUUUUCAUCCAAGGUUAAUGCAGGAGUAUCGGACUGUUUUGGUACUGUUUGGUGAACGUUCAUUGCCACAGCCUUCUGGAUGGUUUUACUGGGUUGUGUAUUGCUGAGCUUCAUCUUUCCAGAAUGAGCAAAACACUGUCCAGUCUUUGUUACGAUUUUGUAAUAAACGUGUAAAUUUUUUUUAAAUUUUUGGACAUCACAUAAAUAAAGAUAUGUAUGUAUGAAUGUGUAUAUAUUAUAUAUAUAUAUAUAUGACAUCUAUUUUGGGAAAUGUUUGCCCUGCUGUACCUCAUUUUUUGGAGGUGUGCAUGGUUGCAAUAUAUAAAACGGGACAUUCUGGAACUGCUGGUCGGGAGACAAUAAUGUCACCUGUGCACUAAAAGGGCCAGAUUUUCAGCAGCCAAGGACACCCAUACCCAAUAGAACACACUGGGACUGAAGAAGUGAACUGAGACAAUUCUGUCUGGCUGUAUGAACAGCAGCAUUUCAUAGGAAAAGAAAAAAUCAAUCUUGUAUUUUCUGACCACGUUAAGGCUUCUUCUCUUUGUAAUAAAGUAGAAAAGCUCUCCUCA